AUGAAUCCGUUAAAUGUUAUUUUUAUCUUUCAGAAUUUCAUCCCUAUAAGGUUGAAACUAGCCAUCGAUCAAUGUUUGUUGAAAUACCUGGUGCUUUCAGGCCAUCGGGAAGCUUCAACGACCGGAGGAUCGAAGCACGUGUGCAACUUCUGUGGAUACUCAACCGUCUACAAGCACGUCCUUACGCAUCACAUCAGGACGCACACAGGGGAGAAGCCAUUCAAAUGCGACUUCUGUGAUUAUCGUGCCACGCAGCGAUCUAAUCUGCGGAAACAUAUGGAUCGGCACUUAAUGCCCGUCGUACAACAAUACGCAGCAAUCGCCAAUCAGGCCGCGCACGCCUUCCACUCUUCGCUACAGCCGGAAAACGAACAUAGAAAGCACGAAUCUGAUCAGUCAGUCAAGGCCCCGACGCGGCAGCUCGAUGAGCUGUCUUUGACGAGGCAGGCAUCUGCGGAGGCCAUCGAAGACGACGCGGCUGACAAAAAUGUUCUCGAAAGCCGGCAGGAAGCGCACGAUCUUGAGCUGAUGACCCAGCCUCCCAUAGAAAUCGUCACUCUCUCUUCGACAGUGGAACCCGUUGUUAGCCCAAGAAGUUCUGUGAGCGAAGUUUUUUCGGCGUCACAAGGAGGCCCUGUUGACCCUGCUAGGCCACAGGUUACCCAUAUGCGAUGGAUUCGUGAUUUGCCUUUAAACGUACACACGUCCCAGUCUACCAGCAGCAUAGACGAGAUGCUGUUGAUACUGGAAGUUCAAUGUGUCCGCUAUACGGAGUUACGCGAUGGGAAUACAAAGGCCUUCCGUUGCGAGGCGGAAGCAGUUGUAGAGCUGCUGAACUCCGGUCUUUGGGUGGCAGGUAAUGAGAGCCCGGUGGCGGCGGCAGCGGCGGCAGCCGGGAGCGGCAAGAUCGUGACUCCACCAGCUUCAACGCUCGAAUACUCGCAGCUUGUCGAGGACGGCAAUGGUCGACGUUAUUGGAAAUGCAGCUGCUGCGAUUUCACGACAAACUACAAGUUCUCGAUGAAAAGGCAUGAAAACGCGCAUCUCGGCGUACGACCGUAUCGGUGUCCAUAUUGCGCCUUCGCUUCCGUCGAGAAGACCAACGUCCCCCUGCACAUUCGUACAAAACAUCGCGAUCUGCCCGUCACCGUCUUAACGGUCAACAAUACGUCGGCCAAUUUAGCUAGCAGUGCAAACAGCAGCAGCAGUAGUAGCAGCGGUAGCACAAACAGCGCGGGCACUACUACUACAAGCAAUUCCAUUAACCAAUGUAAGGGUCGCUAUUGGUUGCGCUAUGCUGUGCACUGUGUAUUGUUGUCUUUUGCACACGUCGUGUGCUCGGAUGUGUUUGCAGACGAACGCGAGCCGGCGACCAUUGCCCCUGUGACAGCGGCUACCGUCACGGUAAGUCACCGUCCACACCGGGGAUCUAGUGGCGCAGACGAGUCGACGCAUUUGGAGUCGAGGAACCCCCCGCCGAUCAAGGUGAUAGUGAAGAAAGCCAACAUCAAGGUGACUCCAACAAAAAUGCAGAGUACGACUCCAACUACGACCUCAAUCACAACAGGCAGCUCUCGUUUAAUCAGCCGACUCAGUCAAAAGCUACAUCAGACAUCAUCGGUAUCGCAUGGCAAUAAUGUUCAUUAUGGCAGCAAAGUAAAUCGGGACUUGGCGCAACGAGCUAAAGAGCUUGCCGCUUCUGGAAAUUACGAUGAGCUGAUCUCGUCCCGCUAUCGAAAGGACGCCGGCAAAAUGCGACACCAAUGCAAGAUCUGUGGUUACGACUCGUUCCAUAGGAACGCGAUCAUUCGUCAUAUGCGGACGCAUACUGGCGAGACACCGUUCAAGUGUGGUUACUGCACCUAUAGUUCGUCGCAAAAGGCCAACUUGAUGCGACAUCUGAAACAACACGCAGGUGGCCGUCAGGUCAGCCCAAAAGACGUUGUUCCCGUUGACGAAGGAGACGAUAUCGAUGAGGACGAAGAAUCAGAGUACUACCCUACGCAAAACCUCGUGCCGAAUGCGUGAGAAUGUAUUAUUACCUG